AUGAAGAGCAUUUUGGGUCACUUCCGCAUUUUGAGCAUACCUGUGGAGGAUAACCCCCUUACAACCAUAAAUCUGUUUGUAGCCAACUGCAAAGACAUUUCAGACUAUGACAACGCGCAGAGCGACGCGCUGUGCGCAGCGGCACUGGAUAACAUCGUGAGCGAGGAAGAUUUAAAGAGAUUUUUUUCCAAUUUUGGAAAAAUAAACUCUUUUACCGUUAUAGAGAAAAAGCAUUUAUCGAAAAAUUUUAAAAAAUUUGCCUAUUGUGCGUAUAUAACAUAUCGAGAAAAAAAUGUGGUUGAAAUUAUUUUGACGUACUCCAUUAAGAUGGAUGAUUAUUUUAAAAGCAGUGUGCAGUCACCGUACUUCAUAAAUUUGGAAAAAAAAAAAUUCGCGUACUACAUAAAAAUGUAUUAUGAAAAUUAUUAUGACUUAUAUAAUGAGAGGAAGAUAAUUAUUAACGAAAUUUCAAAGAUAAAUAAAGAAAAUAAUAAGGGGAAGAAAAAAUUAGGCCUUGUAGACGAGGAUGGAUUUACGGUCGUUCAAAGGGUUGCGGACAAACCUGAAUUCAUCAACUCAGUUUUCGUGCCAGCAAAUGAUAAAUUCAGUUAUUUAAAGAGGGAAAGGAAAACGAAAAUUCAUGAGAAUUUUUACCUUUUUCAAAAGAAGGAGAGCAUAAGAAACGCCGGAGAGCUUUUGGCGAAAAAGAAAAAUAAGCAAAAAAAAAUUUAA